AUGCCAGCUUCUACUACACUUUCCGACUCCGAGUUAAUUGGUAUCGAUGUGAAUGGACACAUGACUCCGUUUCAUGCCAUAUUCUUAAGGGAUUCCUGCUCUUGUGCGGCCUGUAUCGACCCAUCAACAAGGCAAAAGCUCUUUCAGACGGCAGAUAUUCCUCUAGAGCUUAGACCUCGGAUCGAGCAAUCUACGGACGAAACUGUUAGACUUAGCUGGGAGAAUGAUGUUGCAGGAUUUUCGUCGGAUCAUGAAACAGUCAUUUCGAAGGCCUUCCUGGCCGAUGUACUCGCGUUGCAAACCAAGGUAUUGCGAGAGAAAACCGAGGACCCUCAAACACAAUUGUACUGGGAUGCCGCCCAGAUGGAGAAGGAGAAUUCCUCCAUCAGUUACCAUGACUAUCAAUCAACCGCUGGUGGUGUCUUCGAGAUAGUCGAUCGGCUAUGGAGAUACGGACUCGCGUUCCUCAAGGAUGUCCCGGAUGAAGUGGACUCAAUCGAGAAGAUAGCCACUCGCAUUGGGCCUCUCCGAAAUUCGUUUUACGGGACUACUUGGGAUGUACGAUCCAUUCCUAAUUCGAAGAACAUUGCCUAUACGGACAAGUUUCUGGGUCUCCAUAUGGACUUGCUGUAUAUGGUCAAUCCUCCGCGAAUCCAGAUUCUACAUUCACUCCGGGCGAGGGCACCGGGGGGAGCCUCGAUGUUUUCGGAUUCCUUCCGUGCUGCGGAAUUGCUUCAACGGUCCAACAUUGCCGGUUUCCGUUCUCUGGCAACUUUCCCAGUGACGUAUCAUUACGACAACGACGGACAACACUACCGUUUCACAAGACCGACAGUUGAACUAGUUGGAAUUACCGAUGUGAAUAGUCUGACGGAUAGUGAUCUUGCUGCCGCACGCAUUGAGAGAAUCAAUUGGUCACCGCCUUUCCAAGGACCAUUUUCCGCAGGCUUUGGCGUCCAUGAUUCUGCGGUGGCCUUGAAAUCGUAUCUGGCUGCAGCAAAGACAUUCAAUGAGUCGCUGAACUCGGAAGAGCACAUGUACGAAUAUAGGCUGAAAGAGGGAGAGGCCGUGGUGUUCGACAAUCGGCGCGUGUUGCAUGCCAGACGGGCUUUUGAUGCUCAGGGUGGUGAGAGGUGGCUUCGAGGGGGUUAUGUUGAUGAAGAUGUGUGGAAGAGCCAAAUCAGAGUUGCUGGCAAAAGAAUUUCUGACAAUCAAAGCUGA